AAGUAACGGACGAAGCCGUCUGCGAAUGGUUCGCUCCCUCGCCUCCGUGCCCUACUCACCCCGAACAAUUACCGGUAUCAUGCCAAUCAUCUCCCCCACGCUGCUUUAUCAAUACCCCCACUAAAGCAGAAUCGGAACAUUGCAAAGUGGAAACCUGCUCAUGUCGACAGCUAUGCACGCAGGUCACAAUUUGAUUUAUAUUUAAAUAAAAAUAUCAAAUUGGCUGGAUAUGUGACUUCCAUGCUUCCAAACUGGACGAUUAGUUUGAAAUACUGAGGGGUGUUUUGCAGAUUUUUUCCUUUAUUUUGUGAUUGUUUCUAAAGUUUUAGCGUGGUGAGAAAAGUUUGUCAAGAUGACGACUGGAAUGGCAAUACCGCGAGUUAAACUUCAGAAUACCAAUCCCCUAACUCUAGACGAAAGAAUGGCAUAUGGUAACAUUCCACGUUGGAUCGCAGAGGGCGUCGAGAUCAGAGCAGUCAAUAUUCCACAAGCAAACUACGCAAAACAACUAAGAAUGUUACCACCUCUUCAUUCUGGUCAUGGGUCUGGGAUCGUCAAGUAUGGGGCAGCACCCCGACAGGAAUCCUACGUCAGACCGGUACCUCUUCGCUCUCCGUGGAAAGGAGAAGUAGGGGAAGGGUUAACCGCUUAUGUAUCGAAGAGCCAGAACGCGGCGAUGGACGGUAACUCUCCCUACAUCACCUAUGCUUCAUAUCAGAUGAGCCCACAGAAUAGACGAUCAUGGAGGGAGAACUACUACAAUCAACAUGCCAAACAAGGUUUUAAAUUCUGGUUGGAAGAGAAACAACCUAUCUCAAGAUCGCAAAAAUACACAUUUGGGACAUACAAGACUCAUCUUGGACUCGGGAACGCACCAAGAAAUUGAGAUCCGUGUAUAGUCCAGCAAUCACUCGGUUUGGAAGCAUUUGGCCUCAAUUCUCUGAUUUGAAGGCCCAUCAUUAUGAUUGUGUGCUGUGAAAAUGAAUAUAUUAUUUAUAUAUAUUUGAAGGUGAAGCACACUCUAUAUUCAAUUUACUAUUGUAACAGCUAUUCCAUAUGCAUGCAAUAUUCGGUGUAUAUGGUGAACGUGAAAGAAAAUGUUUGCCGAGGCGGAUCUCGUGGAGGGGCGACCUGUUAAGGCAUUUAAUCGUUGGGGCAGAACAGGAAAAAUUAAAGCUCCAUCCAAAAGUUUUAAGAAUAUUCAACACGAUAUAGUUAAUAUGCACAUUGUAUAUUUCUUUCUUUUUUCCCCUUGAUUAGAUGAAAUGCAAUUUUACCUUUGUAAAUACCCAAAACAUAAAAUUGGACAUUAAUUCUGAGAUCCGCCUAUCCUGAUAUAUCUUUUCAAAAGGAGCCGCAGGUCGGUUUCAUUCAUAAUUCAUAUUUGAUAAUAAUUAAUAUUUGUGAUUUUAUGCAUAUUUUUUAGUGCUGUUGAGAAUGGUGCACAAACAUCCGAUUCUCAACAAUUCUUUUAAGAGGCAUUAUUAUCGUGUAAGGAUAUGUGUAAGCGAUGCAUGAGAUGCCAUCUCCCUGUAUACACACUCAUAUUUUUUAACCAACACCUAUAAGUUGGUUAUAAUAAGAACCGACCAACUGUUGGUUUAAAAAGUCCCAAUUCAUUUUGCAUUUAUUCUAAUCCGACGGUUGGUUAGUUCAUAUUUGAACGAACUUAUAGGUUCGUUAAGAAAAAUCUGAGAGGUGUACUAUAUAUUUUUGCUUCUGAGUGGCGUGUCGUCAUUAAGCCCGUCAUUCAUUUCUAAAGGCCACAACAUUAACAGGGGCUGCGGAAGCGGGGGGGGGGGGCUUCAGCCCCCCACUUUUUUCCAAAACCGUGUAUACAAAACGUAAAAAUUACCAUAUGAUUGUGAUUUUUUGCAUGGUCAGCCACCCACUUUUGGCUCAGCCCGGCCCCCCCCCCCCCCCACUUUGAAAACCGUUCCGCGGCCCCUGAUUAAUAUCUUAUUCAUCCAAAUAUUUUGAUCGACUUUAUGUCAUGUUUAAUUUUAAAUCAAAAGUUUGAAUUAAAAGAAAUGCGGUAUUUGUAGUAUCCUUGUAAUGAUACAGUUAUGAAAAAGAAAAAGAUAUUUGCCGCCCUUUCACACGGUAAAACAAAAAUCGUAAUUUGAAUGAUGAUUCCAGUUAAAAAUAAGGCUAAUGACGAAUUUUUAGCACGUGUGAACUAUAUAGAACAUGAUAAGAAUCACGAACGCUAUUCACAGUCAUCGCGAUAUAGCAAUCAUCAUUACAAUAAUGAUUCAAGAUUCACGUGUGAAAAGGCCCAAUAAUUAAUUAAUGUUUUAUGAUAGAGGCCCUACAAAAUUUAGAUGUCGGUGCAAUUUUCUAAUGAGUGGCAUUGCAGCUGGUUUGUACUUUUAUUGUUAUGUUCAUGCUGCAUGUGGUUUCCGUAAUGUGCUAUUUUCUUUAUCAUGUUUAUUGCUGGCGAAGAAAUUUUUAUAUAUUAUUUUUCUUUCUCAGAAAUGUAUUUUUCUAAAUGUGUAAAGAGAAAAUUCUUUCUAAGUUAUCAUUUGAAAUGUGUAAGCAUGACUUGUUGGUGAAAAGGGAAAAAAUUAUAAAGUUUUGCAAUUAUUUCCCUACUUUUGUACUAUAGUAUUAGGUCCUUUAUGAUACACUUUUGUGUCGUAUACCAUCAUGCAACAGCCCAAAUCAUUUGAAACAUCCGACGAGCAAUAUUAGGAUAUAUUAUUCAAGUAAAAACUACACAAAAGAAACAAAGACAGACGUCAAAGGACUGAGAAAUACUAAAUAACUAUACAUUUUUUUCUUCAAAACGCAAACCACACCAAAAUGAAGUCGUACAUUAAAACAAUCAAUUAAAACCGAUAAAAUACAAUCGCAGCUUUAAAGACAUCAUUUUGAUGUAUUUGUGGUAUCAAAGUAAUAUAAGAUAUACCUACUAGUAUCUUUGAAAGAGGAUGUGAUUCAGAAACAUCAUUUCACAUGUUUUAGGAUCAUUGUAUUUGCAUAAUUAUAUUAUCGGAAUUUUAAAAAUGGAUAAAAGGUUGCAUAUCGAAAUGAUAAUUGCAUAGGGUUAGGGUUAUGUGGUAUAAGGACUCUUUAGCGACCAGCUAGGAAUUUAUUUGUCUUAUUGUACAUAAUUUUUUCAUGUUCAUUAAUUUGAGAAAACUCAAUUGUUCUCUUUCACUUGCCAUAACUUUAUCUUUUGUACUUAUGUGAAACUGUAAACCAACAUCAUUUAACUACAUACUUUGCCUCGUCUUUCUAUAUACGCCAUUUACGCUGAUUGACACUAGAAAAUUCGUCAUAUUUGGUCUUCGCAAUUAACAUUUAGUUUCAUAAUAACAGGCGUUCUUAUAAUUACUAUAGGUGAAUUUUAUUUCAAAAUGAAGAACUUAAAGAAUCAAUGGACCUAUGCUAUAUAUAUAUAUAUAUAUAUAUAUAUUUCACCUCAGCGUUAGCCCUACAUACUAACAUUUCUUUAUAACACAAUGUUGUCUGCUGAAAAUAAACUUAAUAGUUUAAUUCCAUAUUCAAAA